AUGAAGAAUUUAUCUAACAAAAGUGCCGAGUCAACACUAAAAGAUCUGAAAGAAAAUGGAUACACUGUGGUUCCAAAUGUCCUUACUCAUGAGGAGUGCGACAAGUACAUUGCGCAAUACAAAACCUGGCUACAGAAAUUCGAGGAUACUGGGCGAGAAUGUUUUCAUAGAAAUUCUGUCAUCCAGUCAUACAGGACAGGUCACUUUUCUACAACAUGGGAGGUACGCCUGAAAACAAAACCUGUCUUUGAACAGCUUUGGAAAACUGAAAAAUUACUUUCUAGUGCAGAUGCAAUAGCCAUCUCCAAGCCACCAGAAGCAGGAAGCAAGUUGUUUGCAGCCCCUGAUACCGAUUGGUUUCACCUAGAUCAGGCUGGAUGCAGGUUAGGUCUUCACGCUUUCCAGGGAGGGGUUAAUCUAGAGGAAAGUACAGAAACGGAUCAUUGCUUCCGGGUUAUGGCAAAGUCGCAUUUAUAUCAUUCAGAAUUUUAUAGAGCAUUUCCAAAGGCUGAAGUAAAAACGAAGGAAUCCGAGUUUUACAGACUUAAUAAAGCCCAGAAAGAUUGGUAUCGUAGGAAAGGCUGUCAGCGAGUCAAAGUCCCAGUUCCGAAAGGCGGAAUUGUAUUGUGGGAUUCGCGAACGGUACAUGACAAUGUAAAACCGGUGUUUGAUCAACCAAACAAAGAUAGGUGGCGCUUCGUCGUAUUUGUUUCAAUGACACCUGCGAUCUGGGCAAAACCGGAAGACAUCGCAGAAAAGAACAAAGCUUACGAUAACCUCUUGACGACAUCGCAUUGGUCAUCCCAAGGUGUAAAGAAUUUUAAAGAGUACAAUCCGAAACCUGGAGAACACGAACUUACUGUCCACGAACAGCCUGACAUUGCAAAGACAACUGCAGCCAAACUUUUGUUUGGAAGAGAGAAAUAUGACUUUAAGGAUGGUAAACCAAAUGGUCCGAAGGAACCGAGGUGGGUUUAA